AUGCACCCCUUCUCCCCAACCUCUCCAGCCCUCGCCUCAACCUGCGGCCCCACCGUCGCCACCGCCCAGCACAACAACUGCACCUACGAGCCCAUGCUACGCUCCUGGAUCCCACCGUUGUGCUACCACCCCGCCCCCACCCAAGACUACACCCCCUUCGACGACCGCCCCUGGUACUACGACCACAACCUCACCCAGCCCAUCACCUCGGCCACCGACCUCGACGCCCUCCGCACCGGCGCCAACCUGACGGCCUACACCAACACGUUCCACGACGAGCACUGCCUGUACGCGUGGCGCAAGCUGGCGUUGGCCGUCCAGCACCGCUGGCGCUGGCUGGACACCAAGACGAUGAGUCUGGCGCACAGCGAGCACUGCGCCAAGAGGAUUGCGAGGUUUGUGUUUAGCGUCGGGUAUGCGGUCGGGGAGGAGAGGUUUGGGCAUACGAGCACGGCGCCGAUUAUGGUGCAGGGCUGUGUCGAGUUGCCGUGGGGGAGGGAGGGGAGGUGGUGGAAGUUUGGGUAG